CGUAACAAUAUAUCAUAUACCAUAGAGACUUCAGUCGGACUCUGAAUUUUUAAGAAAUCGCGACGUCGAUAGAGCUCUAGAAAUUCCCAAACCGGUUUUAUUACUGUUCGUUCGUGUUUUACAUCCAUUGAUUUGAUUCGAGAUGAGUCGACCAAUGGAAGAGGAUACCACUCAGGGCAAGAACGAGGAGGAAGAAUUCAACACAGGGCCACUUUCUGUUCUGAUGAUGUCUGUCAAAAAUAACACACAGGUACUUAUCAACUGCAGAAAUAACAAAAAACUUCUAGGACGCGUGAGAGCCUUUGAUCGACACUGCAACAUGGUGUUGGAAAAUGUUAGAGAGAUGUGGACAGAGGUGCCAAAGACUGGUAAAGGCAAGAAAAAAGCUCACCCGGUUAAUAAAGACAGGUUUAUUAGCAAGAUGUUCCUACGAGGAGAUUCUGUGAUCAUUGUUCUUAGAAACCCCAAGUGAGAAGUAUUUCGUCUAUAAUUUAAGAACUUUAGAAAUUUCCUUGCAUGCAAUGUUAAGACAAGGUUUUUAAUGCUUAAGCUCUAUUGUGCUUCUGUAGUUCUCAGUCGUUCUCUAGGACAUUGAAUUGUAAUCCCUUGUGGUAAAUUUUGGGCCAGUGGUCUGAAUCAUGUGCUUUUGGUGAUGGGUAUGCAAGUUCUGUUUCCUCGA